UAAUUUAAAGUAAAUAGACAACAGCAGGGUAUGGAAUCUGUGAGGUGGAACGAAGUGUGAAAAACGUAAACUAAUUCGAGUAUUCUACGCAGUUUCUACAAUGAACAUGACACGAGGAUUGACAUUCAUAACAUCAUAUCAACUUCUGCAGACUCACAAGAUAAGCCACAGAAAAUUUCAAUUUUUUUUAGAGAAUCUAUGAAUACUAUGCUCAAAUUUCCACCUCCUUCUCUCCGAUCUUGCGUUUCUCCAUCGCCCUCAUCUUCCUCUUCUCUUUCCCUUCCAAAUCCCCCAAAAUUCCACCCGAUCAAUAUGAUUUUCCAUGGAAGAAAAAACAACAUUAAUUUUUCUAGCAUCUCCGCAUCGAGCAAUCAUCAUGGACCUUCGCAAGAUUCUUCCUUUCCGGGAAGGGAAUCAUUAUUGAGGAAUACAUUGUCAGCUAUGGAAACUGUUUAUCUAAACAGGAAUCCGACUGCUAAAAGAAUCUUGGAGCUUGUUCAUUCAGCUGAAAAUGGUCAUAUAUGUUAUGAUCAUUUUGCUUUUCGGACGUUUGGGGUGAAUGAUCAUGGAAUCGGUUCCAUAGCUAGAUUUUUCAUGGAUUUUGGUUAUGUGCAAAGAGAAGAGUUGAGGUUCCCAGCAAAGAAGUUGAAAGCAUAUUGGUUUUCGCCUCCCACUGUGGUUGGUGCUGAUGCUGGUGCAGGUGUUAAUGGGCCGUUACCACGGAUAUUUAUAUCAGAACUUCUUGUUGAUCAAAUGACUGCAGAAACUCAGAAAAUAAUCAGAAAAUACACUGAAAUGUCAGGGAAUGGAUAUAUGCAUUCUGCUUUGGCCAGUGCACUGGGAUGUUUGACAUGGGAAACCCCCUCCUUCUCGGAAUUCCAACAGUUGGCGCGGGAAAGUGAAUAUGCUGCAUGGACUCUUGUUAAUGGAUAUGCGUUGAAUCAUGUCACUGUUUCUGCUCACCGCCUCAAAUCGCAUUUACGAAAGAUCAGUAAUCUUAAUCAGUUCAUUGAGGAGAAUGGUUUCAGAUUGAACUCUGAAGGAGGCAUUCUCAAGGACUGUUUUUCCAUCUCAGUGAGCCCUGAUGGUCUGUUGUUACAAAGCUCAACGGUGGCAGAUUCAUCUUCUUUCCACUUCUCUGAAGGAAUCACUGAGUCAAUACCACGCUGUUAUAUUGAAUUUGCUGAACGCCUCGUACUUCCUCAGUUCAAAAAUCUAGCCGAGGACGAGGUUGAAGAGCUCCAUAGACGAGAUGGUUUUGAGGUUGGGAAUGCAGAUAAGAUAUUUGAGAGCACAUCCAAGGAUCAGCUCAGCAGGAAGGCUGCGUGAGACGCGGAACACUAUACGCUACGAGGUCUGAAUCCUUGUUGUCAAGUGUUGAACCAGUCGGAAAUAUUAUACAUAGUAGUGUAGAUGUUGAUGGAUUCAGAGACAUGCUUUGCAUUGUAUCCAAAUAAUCUUUUCUCACUACUCUGCAAAUUGAAUCAAGAUAGUAUAGACUAAUUUGUGUGA